AUGGCUUCAAGGGUGCCGAUGUGGGCUCUUGGGGCUCUGCUUUUGGCAUUGGUGGGUGGCGGAGCCGCCGCUGGGGCCGCCGGAAAAUGUAGCUUUCCGGCGAUAUUCAAUUUCGGAGACUCCAAUUCCGACACCGGAACUACAUUUGUUGCCUUCAAUGACCUUUCUUAUCCCUAUGGCAUGAGUUAUAAAGAGAAUGCUAAAAGGUUCAGCGACGGUCGUGUCAUCAUCGACUAUUUAGCUGAGAAUUUGGGAUUGCCAUAUUUGGAGUCACCUCUGGACACAAUAGGGACAAGUUACAAGUAUGGAGCCAACUUUGCAACAGGAGGAUCCAAGAUCAGCCCCAUACUGCCCGCCUGGGCUGCUUUACCCAUCCCCAUGUACCUAGACGUCCAAAUCUCUGAAUUCCUACAAUUCAAGUCCCGAACCAUCGACUUCUACAACCAACUCAAAAAUGAUUAUAACAGUAGUGAGAGUGAGUUCAUCCUAAUACCCUUCUUUUUCUUUUCCCUUUCGAACCAAGAAGUGAUGGCUGUUGUUUCGGCGAACGACGAUUUCUACAACACUUCCAUUCCCGUUGUCAUUGAGCAGUACUACAGUGGCCUGCAAAGGCUGAUUCAAUCCGGGGCAAAGUUCUUGUGGCUGCACAACCGGGGCCCUACCGGUUGCAUGCCCGUCACCGUUGGCGAAUGCCGGCUCAACAAGACUGCUUGUCUGGACAAGGUUAAAGGGUACAUUAAUUCAGAAAAUGAAUUGUACGACCAGCACGGCUGUGUGAGAGGCCAAAACAAGAAGACGAAGAUGUUCAACAGGCUCUGGAAGCAGAGCGUUGACAAGCUUAGGGCACAAUACCCGGAUGUUGUUAUUACAACCUUCGACAUGUACACCGCCAAAUCCAAAAUCAUUGCCAAUGCCCAGAAAUUUGGUUUUUUAGAUCCUUUCAAGCAAUGUUGUGGCAACUCUACAGUAUUUUGUGGAAUUAGACAACCAAAUAUGGGACCACUCCUUGGCACUGCUUGCCAAGACCCAACAAAAUACAUUAGUUGGGAUGGCAUUCACUACUCUCAAGCAGCCAACAAGUUGGUGGCAAAUCUUAUCAUUGAGGGCUCUCUCACUAGCCCUCCGUCAACCCCAAUUUCGCGGGCUUGCCACAAGCCAUGA